AUGAAGGCACAGCGUGUUUCCCUCUUGCUCGUGGCUGCUGUGCUCUUCCUGUGCUCAGUGCAUGCCCGAGGUCUGAGAAGAUGUCUGGUUUCCAUGGACAUGCGCCACGUAGUAGAGAGUUUCCAAGAAAUCAAAAAAGCCAUCCAAGCUAAGGACACCUUCCAAAAUGUCACCAUCCUGUCCACAUCGGAGACCCUGCACAGAAUUAAGCCCUUAGAUGUAUGCUGUGUGACCAAGAACCUCCUGGCAUUUUACGUGGACAAGGUAUUCAAGGACCAUCAGGAGCUGAACCCCCAAAUCUUGAGAAAACUCAGCAGCAUUGCCAACUUUUUCCUCUACAUGCAGAAGGCUUUGCAGCCAUGUCAGAAGCAGAGGCAGUGUCACUGCAGGGAGGAAGCCACCAACGCCACCAGAAUCAUCCAGGACAACUACGAUCAGCUGGAGGUCCGAUCAGCGGCCAUUAAGUCUCUGGGAGAACUGGACGUCUUUCUGGCCUGGCUUGACAAGAAUCAUCAAGAAAAUUCUGCUGCCUGA